AUGAAUGUUUCUCUAAAAGACAUAAUUCCAAGUAAAAACUCUUCACAAUUCAACCUCAACAAAAUUCGGUUUAAAAUCUCUAAGAAAGUGGAAUCCUAUUGUUAAUGCAAUCAAAGGAACUGUCUGAUUUGUGCUCGUAAGCGUUCUUCGUCAAUGCUAAGCAUGAAAAAUUCGAUUGUUGUCGAUGAGAACUCUCCUGUGUCCAAACGCACUGUCGAACAACCAAAACCAAUCUAACCGUUUAAUCGAUCCAUUUCCAGACAACAAUCCAAUCACAUGGGGAGAGUCUCAGUCAAUAUCUCAACUACAACAACUACAACAAACAAUUAUGGUAGAACCAGGAAAACUUCAGUGGAGUCCUCGCCUCCCAAAGACAACAGUAUCAAAUUUAACCUACCACUUUAUCUAGUUAUUGGCAGACACUCCUUUAAAUACCUAUACGUGAUUGGUAAGGGAGGCUUUGGAAAAGUUUGGAGAGUGGAAAUGAAGGCCAAUAAAUAGGAGUACGCAUUAAAAGAAAUGAUUAAAGCAAAGAUCAUAUCUAAACGAUCAGUUAAUUCAGUUAUGAAUGAGAAAUACCUUCUCGAGCAUCUCAAACAUCCUUUCCUUGUAAACAUGCAUUACGCAUACCAAGAUAGAGAAAAUCUUUACUUGGUUCUUGACCUUCUCAGAGGAGGUGAUCUUCGUUAUCACAUUGGUAGAUAAAAGAGAUUCACUGAAGAAUAAACAAAGUUUUUUGUGUGUUGUAUCUUGUUAUCUUUGUAAUACUUGCAUUAGAAUGGUAUCAUCCACAGAGACAUCAAACCCGAGAAUUUAGUGUUCGAUAAAGAUGGCUACUUGAGAUUGACUGAUCUCGGAGUGGCCAGAUUAAAUAAGGACUCUUCAGCCAGCGACACAUCAGGAACACCUGGCUAUAUGGCUCCAGAGGUUAUGUGCAGAAUGGAUCAUUCAUUCCCUGUAGAUUAUUAUGCAGUGGGAGUCAUAGCAUUCGAAUUACUCCUUGGAAAAAGACCGUAUAAUGGAAGAAAUAGAUAAGAAAUUAGAGAAUAAAUAUUGGCCAAACAAGUUUAGAUGAGAGAUGACAAAUUCUCAAGCAAAGUUCAAGAUUUUAUCAAUCGCUUAUUGAUACGUAAACCAUAAUAGAGAUUAGGUGCUUAGGGAAUACACGAAUUGUUUGAGCAUCCUUGGCUUAGCAAUUACAAUUGGGGUAGAUUGUUAAACAAAGAGAUCAAAGCACUUUAUAUACCAGGAAGCAUAGAUGGCAAUUUUGAUUACCAAAGCCAGAUAUCUGCAGAUUCAGAACCUCAAGAAGAGGCUUCAACCUUAUUAAGAAGAAAGAGUGUUUAAUGCUUAUUUGAAGGAUAUAAAUAUUUUUGA